UCCCAGUCCCUGCCUAUGUCUCUCUCCCCCUCUCCAUCGACACCAAAGCUCUUUAGGCUACUUUGCGCAUGUACGGCCAGUCAAACCAAGCAUUGCAUCGACUCCAAGAUGGCGAAAGCACGUCUGGCUUGCCUCCUGACUCUCCUCUCAACUCACUGCUACUUAAGUGUGUUAGCAGUGGUACUAAAAACAAACAACGACUCACCAUGGACCGACGAGUUUGACAAAAUCGAGUUAUCAUGUUUGAUUGAGUCUAUCUCUACAACCAACCCCAGAAUUGAGUGGAAGAAGAUAACGAAUGACGGACCGAGUUAUGUGUACUUUGACAAGAAGAUCUCAGGUGACCUGGAGAACAGAGCAGUGAUCAGAGAACCUGCCACGUUACUGAUAACCAACGCCACGAGAUCAGACACAGCAAAAUAUCGCUGUGAGGUCACUGCUGCUGAUGACCAGAAGUCAUUUGAUGAGAUUGUCAUUAACCUUGUUGUAAGAGUAAAGCCUGUGGUGCCAAAAUGCAGUGUCCCGAAAUCGGUGCCUUUUGGGAAGUCAGCUGAGCUGAGCUGUGUGGAGGAGGAGGGAUUCCCCAAGUCUCAGUACCAGUGGUUCAAGAACAGGGAGGAGAUUCCCGACGACCCAAAGACCAGCCUCAAGUUCUUCAACUCUUCAUACAUGCUCAACGCAGAAACAGGAACUCUGAAGUUCAUCGCAGUCAGAAAAGAAGAUGCAGGGGAGUAUUUUUGCCGAGCGAAGAAUGAUGCAGGAUAUGCUGAGUGUGCACCCCAGAAGAUGGAAGUCUAUGAUAUUGACAUUGUGGGGAUUAUACUGGGAGUGCUGGUGGUGGUCGUAGUGCUCCUGUGUAUAACAGUGGGGAUCUGCUGUGCAUACAAGCGAGGCUACUUCUCCAGCCAAAAACAGACGGGGAACAAUUACAAAGUCCCAGCUAAAGGAGACGGAGUGGACUACGUCAGGACGGAGGAUGAGGGGGAUUUCCGACACAAGUCGUCAUUUGUGAUCUGAGAAGGGAGAGGAUGAUGAGGGGUAUUGUGCUGAGUGAACGACAUGACGAGUGGGACUGCGCUCCACGCUGUCUGACCACGGAGCUGCCACAGUUCAUGCUCUUAGCUCUCAGCAUGACUGAAAUCCAACUGCUCAAGUUUGCCAAAGGUGACAAGAUUUCACAGGACAACAAUAUGUAAAAAACUAUUACACACAUAGGGACUGAGAUGUAUCUGUCAACUUCUCACCACCAGCUGAAUUCUUUUGCUAAAUUAUGGAGUUGUUACUUUACAGUUCUUGCAUGGUUUUAAACACUAAUCGAGGUGGAGAAAAGGAAACAUUUCUUUGUUCUGCCGGGUAGAAAAGGAGGAGUCUCUCUCUCCUUCAGAGUCAGUCUAUCAUGACACAUUUCUACUGUAAACUUUUAGCUUCAAACCUUUUGUCAUUUGUAUAACAUUUCUUUUCUACUGUUGAAAUUUGUCAGACUAUUUUUGAUGGAAUAUAUUUUAAAAUGCCUAUAGAUAAAGGUUUACUUUUUUAAAUAUUUGUAAAAUACUAACAUGUGUUUUGUUUUUGUUUUUUUUUGUUUUUAUUAUUAUUAUUAUUAUUAUUUGGUUGUGGAUUAAAAAUAUGUAACACUUUAACCACUUUGCAUCAAGCUGUAAGCAUUUACACCUUUGCAAUCAGAAAAAAAGACAGACAAAUGAAAAAUGACUUGUAUCAGCAUAUCAAGAUGUGGUUCUUGAUUGGCGGUCUUACAUAUUUAAUUUCUCCACUGGGAAUGCCCAGUUUCUGUUGCGAGAGACUUCCAUGUUAAUGUUUGUAGAUAGUCUUAGUAAGAGGCUUUGAAGAGUGCCAGUCAAAUGCUGUGAAACACUGUUCACAAUCAGUGCUGCGUUUUCUUGAUUUUAAGUGUCCUUCUAUGCUUGCUGUUAAUCUUGUAUAUAUUGAACUUACUGUCCAGGAUAGAGUUUUGCUGUCAUACAUAUGUUCAGUAUUACACUAAAUGAUAAUGAUAAUAAUAAUAACAUUAAUAAUGAUAAUGAAAAUACAGGGUUUGUAGGUUAACCUUCCAGACCCAAACAAAACUAGAGGACAUAUGUGACAUGGUACUGCCAGAUUCCACAGUGUAAAAGCCUCUGUUUGAAUUCUAAAUAGAAACAAACCCAGAGCACAGACCUCUCUGUUACUGUGACAGUGGCAGUUAAAGCCUGUUAUCAGGACCAGGUUAUUUUAACUACUGAGUCACCUACUUUUAAGCUACAGUUACUAAAGGUAGCACAUCAGUGAAAAUGCUCCAGCUCCACAGUAGAUACACAGUCAGGUUAACAUCAUCUUUGACAUAAAUCCUGCUUGAUAUUUGCUGUUUCUGCUAAUACUUAAUUAGAGUAGACCUCGUCUAACAUUUCUAAUCUUUAGUUGUUGACUAAACAUUUUAGUUGGAAAGAAAAAUUAUUUUAGAUUUGACUGAAGUUCAUAUUGUACUCAUUCCUCUCAGCAAAGCUGAAGGAAAACAGAACUGACCCUGCACUUCAGUGUUACUAUAUACAGCUGGGGUCUGGAGGGUUAACAGUUGUACUGAUUGUAUAUAGAUUUUUCUCGCUCUCUCUGAAGAUUAUGUAAAGUGGUGAAAAAUGUAAAAAAAAAAAAUUUCCUAUUUGAGGCGAUAUGAAACUCUUUCCAUUUGUAAGGCUGAGAAAAGUUAACAUUUUAUCAUAUCAUUUCAUGACAUAUGAAGAGCUUCUAAACAGCAGCAUGGCAGAUACAGUCUUUACCCUGGUGUCAGUUUUUAAAAAGGUAUACACCACAAACUGCUCACAUCAUGCAGAGUUGUGUUAUUCUUGGCUGCGUCUCAUCAUCUCUUUGUGUUCCAGCCAGAUAAAACAAUCACAAACACCAGAUAUGUUUCAGUAUUCAUCUAAGUUCCAUGCAGCUCAUACAGAUCUCAUGUUCUGCUGUUAUGAAUGUUUUAUAAUCAAGGGUGAUAAAAUGUUACCUGAGUAUCAGUCAUGGUAGAGACGAUCUGCCCAACAUUUGCACAUAGGAAGUUGUCAACACUGCUCAGUCUUUUUUUGUUGCAUUAAGGAACCAAGAGAAAAAAAACUGUACUAUUAUACUAAUAAACCCAAUUAAGUCUAAAACUGAAUCCUGUUACAGGUACAUCACAGUGUAUGGUGAGAUGUGAGUCACACAGGACACAGAUGCAUAAAUUCUACUUUCAUUCAUUCAACUUUCAUUCCUCUUAAGUGCCUUCUGCCUUUACGAUAGUCCAGUUUCUCCAUUCUCUCUCCCUCUUGUUCAUUUCUACAACACAGCACCGUCAGGCUUCAUGUUUUGUUUUCAUUUAACCACAAGCACGGCGUUUGAGAGGAAUGAUGCCACCACAAACUUCCACCUCCCUUCUUUACAUAUCUGCAAAAUUUGUAAAUAGCUUUUUUUUCAUAGAUUUGAAGGUGUAGACAUGUUGAAGUAGACAUAGAAAUAUAUAUAGUGCCUAAAUAUAGGGGGAAUUAUUUUUGGUAAAGACACACGGCACUAUUAGGCAAAAGAAAAAAGGUGGAUACCCAAAGCAGGGGCAUUUAUAUGGGCUUUGGUUUCUAACAGGUUUAAAAAGACAAAGUGGGAUAUGGUUUUCAUUUAUAACACCAGCAGUGUGGUGAAUUUUAUUUUGAAACCCAUUCUAUUCAGGUGUUAUGAGUGUUUGAUAAACUAGAGUUAAUGGAAAGUGUCAACAACAAAGAGGGAUUCAUGUAGAGCAGCUACACGUAGGCCUACCUUUACCCCACAGACAGUCCUGAAGUGUGUCUGUGAUCUGGUUGGAUGUCGUAGGGCGACAGUGACAGAGAUUAUAUUUGCACCACACUGAGAGACGGUUUCCAAAGUGUUCUGUGUUAAGGGGGCGAGUUAAGCCAAGCUAGCUCACCGUCGUCUCUCAGCUCGUGGAUGGCAGCGCUCUGCUGGUGCAGCACCAUUAAACUAUUACUGACUGGAGACUGGUACAUGAAGAACCAAACUCACGCACAGUAGAAUGUCCAUUAGGGCCUGCUGGGUUUUUUUUUUUUUUCUUUUUCUUUUCUUUUUGUUGUUGUUUUUUUAUUAUUAUUUUAGAACCACUCAAUUUGUGAUUAAUAAACUCACUUCAAAUACUGGA